AUGGAUAUAGAAGUCACAAAUGGGUUGUUUGAAUGCAUACAAAGAUUGAUUCCAAGCCAUGAAGUGAAUGAUAAGAUUAUUAUGGAGGAGUUACUGGUAUAUAAGAAAUCGGAGUCAUUGUUCGACAAUGAAUUUACCAUUAGAGAAAGGAAUAAUAAAGACCAACCAAUGGCACCCGUCGAUUGGUGGGAAAUGUUUGGCAAUGGUACUCCGAAUUUGAAAGAAUUUGCUAUCAAAGUUCUUAGCCUCACAUGUAGUGCUUCGGGGUGUGAAAGGAAUUGGAGCAUAUUUGAGCAUAUACAUUCAAAGAAAAGGAAUAAACUCGAUCACAAGAAACUAAGAGAUUUGGUGUAUGUGAAGUACGGUCAAACACUCAAGGCUUGUGCAGCUAAGAAGGAUAAAAGAGAUCCUAUAGUUUUGACGGAUAUUGAUGAUGUUGGGGUUUGGAUUGGAAUGAUGGAAGCUGGAGAGGAACCUGUUUUUGAUGAUGAUGAUGAUACUUUGACAUGGAACACUGUAGCAGAGGCUACUGGAGUAGAAGAAGAAACCAGACAUAUUAGACAACAACGGACCUCGAACCCUACUUAUAGAGGAGCUUCAACUUCUAGAUUCAAAGACAUUGAUGAAAACGUGGAGGAUGGUGAUGUAGAUGAAAUAAUUGAAUUGGAAAGUGAUUGA